CUCUCAGGCUACACGCAUGAAAGCAGGAUCAUUUAAUGGUUUCUACCAAGGAGGACAUGGAGGCUGACAGCACAGAGGACAUUGAGUCCCUGAUGGAGGACAUGGACUACAUCCCUGGUCACUUUCACCUGGAUCUAAAUCUAAACUGUGAUCCUGCUGGACCUCCAGCACUGCGACACAGAGACACUUACCUAAAACAGGAGAGCCUACAAGCUGAGCUGGAAGCGGAAGCUGGAAAUCUGCAGUAUGCUGUUCGAAAUCUUUUGGGACUUCUGGCAUUUCAUCUGGAUCAACUGGACAAAGCUGAGGAAAUAUUCAGGAGCAUUUGCAAAGAAGACCCUGGAAACCUGAACGCCUGGGCCAACCUGGGCUACGUUUACGACAGGCUGGGGAGAGAGCUGGAAGGAGGAGAGUGUGUGGACAAAGUGUCCCAGCUGAUGGGUGUUGACAGAGGAGAGGCCUCCAAAGAGGAGAUCAGGCUGAUGGCUGCCCGCUGUCUGGCUGAACAGGCUUAUGUUUAUCCCUAUGAUGUGGAGCUGGAUAAUGAGGAUGAGCUGAGAGAGAGGCUCAUGUCCGCCCUAACACUUUACAACAGAGCUUUGUGUUUUGGAGAUCAUCUGAUACCACUGGAGGAAAAGCGGAGCUGGUACUUUAAAAUGGCAAUAAUAUAUAUAAGGCUGGACCAGAUAGUAAAGACCAAGGAGGAUUCUGAGUACUCCAGACUCCCUCACUAUAAUAAAGGACUCAAACUCCUAAAAGAAACUUUGGAAUCAAAGAAACUGCAGCAUAAAGCCCUGGCAUGGUGUUAUGUUGGCAUCAUGCUGGAAAGGAAGAGUGAGUUUUCUUCUGUGCCCAUGUCUGUACAUGACUGUGGCUUCUCCGCCUCCGAUCCUUUGACCUGCUAUGGAGCUGCCAUAAAUCUGGCCAGUGAGGAGGCCUUUACUCUGAACCUUCUGGCCAAAGUUUUCCUUUUGCUCAGCAAACAUGAGAUGGCCACAGGGAUCUGCAAUAUGGCUCUGAAUGUUCUGCCAGAUCCAGAGCUCAACUGGCAGGCUUACUGCACCCGUGCCAAGAUUAAUAUGAUCCUCUACGUCAAAGACCUUGACAAAGCGAAGAAUGGACAAGGUGGACUUCCAGACCGGCAAAAACUGAUUGAAGCUAAAAAGGACCUGGACAAGGUGCUUGCUGUACGGCCCUGUUUGAGGACUCAUCUAGAGAUGGCUCAGAUCUAUUAUUACAUGGGUGUAGAUGCUCUCCAGGAGAGUCUUCUGGUGGAUGAGAUUGCAAUGGACAGUGCGUUGGUGAGUUUGUCCCACGCUCUACAAUUUGAGAUGGCCGACAGCUUACCGGAUCUCCACAUGCUCAGAGGACGGUGCCUCUUUAUGAAAGGCGAGCAUCAAAACGCUGCAGAUUGUUUCAAAAAGGCCAUGGAUUUAGAGAGACCUGGGAGCACAGAUACCCAGGCAUUCCGAUGCCUCCUGCUGGUGCUUCUGACUCUGUUCAUACAGGACGACACUGAUCCAACCAUCACCCAGAUGGAGCUGGAAGUGCAGAGGGCAGAGGAGAGGUACCCUCAAGAGAAGGUCAAGGCUGAGCUUCGGUGGCUUUAUAGGUCGCACACAGAAGACGUAACAGAGCUAUCAAAGGCUCUGAUCAGGACAGGACGAACAGACCUGGUGAGAAGAUUCCUGGAAGCACUGGUGCCAAAACAGAAAACAGAGAAGAAGAAGAUAGUUAAAUCUUUCUCAUAUACAUAAAGCAAAUAUGUGAUUUAAACAAAAAAGGUUUGAUGUUUUAAUAUCAGAAAGCUAUUUAAGGUCUUCUUUUGCUUUUCAAUUGUGAAACAUCUAAUUCUUUUUAUUAAUGUGAUGAGAAACCUUCUGGAGCUGUAUGAACUGUACUGUGCUUAGCAGUGCCUGUGAGGGUAAUCUGACAGAACCCUUUGACAAAAAUGACCACCAGAUGUGGCUGUAAUGUAUUUAUCUGAAAUGUUUUGUAAAGAAUAAGUUAUUAUUUGAGGUUUGAAAUGUAAAACUAAAUAAAUUGGAAUAGAAUCGUUUUAAAAUAGUAAUGAUUAAAAUGAUAAUAAUAAUCUGAUGUGGUCAAACUAGUAUCUGGUUGAUGAAAAUAUUUUUGAGUUACAGAGUUGCAUUUUCUGAUUUACUAAUUCUGGUUCAAAUCUGAAAAAAUCCAGUGCAAUAAUGUGAUUUUUGCUGAAGCAUGUGAAUGGAAAAUAGUACAAAAAGCAAGUUAUUUUUUAUUUCUAAGUAAGACAAAAACCCAGUUACUUUCUGUUAACAGAUACUGUUCAGUGUUUUUAUUGCUCUUUGAUGACUAAAGGCUAAAGGCUUAAGAGUAGUUUUAUUUCUUUCACAAGCAUUGUUCUUCAUGUCACACCUGUUUGAAUGAGUCAUUAAGACAUGCUUUUAUUUUCAUUGGAAUGCUUUAAGCUAAAUCAAUGAGAGAAACUCCACCUUCUUUUAUUUCUCUAAAUGCGAUCAAGGUGCAUUCAACAAAUAUUUGCCAAGUAAACAGACAACAUCUGAGGAAAUCUAUGUAAGUCUCUCCUCUGACUUAAACCUACAAGAAUAAUGUUAAACUUAACUUAUCUUUGUUGAAACUUUUUUUUUUAAGUUUAGAGAUUCUGUCUGGCUUUGAGAUCAGCAGAAAACCAUCAGCUGAUGGGUGAAUCCUGGAGUCAGAGCUGAAGAGGGUAAAACAGCUUUUAAUUUUAGCGACGCGUGGCACUAGCCAUAAGAGGUGCUGAGAAGAAAAAAAAGUCUUGCCAUAAUUAUGAAAGGUCUCAAGGCUAACAGGUUUACCAGAAAGAAAAAGAUCUAAUGAAAGACGAAAUUAGAAUUUCUAAGAAAUACCUUUUUAACCAGAAAACUUCAAAACUUUCAGAAUAAAUACUUUUAAAAACC